AUGACUGGCAUAGGAUCCCAAGACGUCUCACUGGUGGUUCGGAUUGUCAGACUGAAUCCCACCGCCGUGGACCAGACCGGCCCGGACUCGAAUUCACAGACUUCGGUGCUGGCUCCCCACGGCGUCGGGAAUCAGUGCGCCAGAUCACUGGAACAGAGUCACAGAUCUACAGAUUUGGGAUUAGCUACAGGCUCCUCCACCCCUGCUGGCUCUUCUGUCCUGCCCAGGAUGACGCCCCCGGUGCCCCCUCGUCAGGUCCAGCAGUCCUACCGUCCAUCCAACAGCUCCUUCUCCCCUCUUACAGCCUCUAUGGGAGCUCCAUCUGUGGUGGCUACAGCCUGGGAGGAUACAGACACACACCUCACCUUGAAGACGUCCCCCCCAGCAGACACUAACUGGGCGAGCGAGGAGGACGACCACGUGGUGGCCAGAGGAGAAUAUGACUUGACAGCUGCUUCUCAGGAGGAGCUUUCUAUGCGAGCUGGAGAGAUGCUCAACCUCGCUCCUAAAGAGCUACAGCCCCGUGUGCGUGGCUGGCUCCUGGCCAGUGUGGACGGUGAGACCACAUGCUCGUCCCAGCCAACUACGUUAAGAUCCUCAGCAAGAGAAGAGACCGCCGGGCCACAGAUAUGAGAGGCUCGCUCAGGCCCAGCAGGCAAACACGCAG